ACUAAUUCAGUGAUGAGGCAGGGGUCCCCAAAGACAUUAUGUUUUCACAAAGUGCAUGUAAAUGUUUUGGAAGAAACAGGAACGCCUGUUUGUUCCGUCACUGUAAGAAAGGUUACAUGACAUGUUCAAGCCUUAUUAGGCACUAGAGGGUCCCUACAGGAGUCGUGCCAACUCCAAGAGACGAAUCCAGAGUAAGCUGGGCAUCAUGGGUUGUGCUGCUCACUGAGCAACAGGUUUAGUUACGUGCGUGUAAUGCUGAAUUUAACAUAACACAAAUGUAAAAUGCUGUAGCCAAAGUUGCAUUCUUGGAAAAGUAUGUUGAGAGAAGCCAGACACUUAAGUAACAUGUUCAGAGCACCUCCUAGAUGGGCAACAGUGCAGGUCAAGGCCUGCCACAGCCUCAGGGGACUGAAACACCCAGGUACUGCUACAUAUCCUAACCAUUGGCGGUUAGGCACUUCUUAACCUCUAUCCACCUAUUCCAUCAUGUAAUUUGGUGUUGUGAAUUUAACUGUAAGAACUUCUUCAUUAUAAAGAUUUCCCCACUUCCAAAGUACUGCAAAAUUAGCACAUAAACACGCUCUACAAUACAUGCUGACAAAUCAUGACACUCAUUGGUACUACCCUGAAGUACUUAGUCUGUUGUGAUUUCAUUUUAUUGGCACAGGUUUCCGCCAGUGAAUCAGUCAGUCAGUGGAGGCAGCAUUGGAACUGCCAGCAGAAGACGCAAGGCAGGCAGGCAGAGCAGAGCCCUGAGAUGUGGUGCCUCCUUACGCUGCUGUGCUUCCAAGGAAUUGCCUUUUUGGCAGGAUUCCCCUCCACUCUGAAUUUUGAGGAAAUCCAGAAAAGGAAGCCUCGCAACCCCGAAUGCUUCAUGAAUGUUAGUGAAAUUAUCAGAUAUCACGGAUACCCCAGUGAGGAGUAUGAAGUUACUACUGAGGAUGGAUACAUUCUUCGUGUUUUCAGAAUUCCUGGUGGCAGGAAUGGUCGGAAUACAGGGCAAAAAUCUGUAGUCUUCCUACAGCAUGCUUUUCUAGGAGACUCUACCCAUUGGAUUUCUAACCUGCCCAACAACAGCCUCGGCUUCAUCCUAGCAGAUGCUGGCUAUGACGUCUGGAUGGGAAACAGCCGAGGGAACACUUGGUCUUUAAAACACAAGACUCUUAAGCCUUCCCAGAAGGAGUUCUGGCAGUUCAGCUUCAAUGAGAUGGGUAAAUAUGAUCUUCCAGCAGAGCUGUACUUCAUCAUGAAUAAAACCGGAGAGAAGCAUGUAUAUUACAUUGGCCACUCUGAAGGCACGACAAUAGGGUUCAUAGCAUUUUCUACAUACCGUGAGUUGGCUCAAAGGGUCAAAGUGUUCUUUGCUCUGGGCCCAGUAGCCACAUGCACAUACAGUACAAGCCCUUUGAUUAAGUCAGCAAGUGUUCCUGAAUCACUACUCAGGCUAGUAUUUGGCUGGAAAGGAACCAUGCACCAGAUCGAAUUUCUGAGAGGACCUGUGACGCAGUUCUGUACAAGCCUGGAUAAGCUUUGUGGCCGUAUACUUGCUUACAUAGCUGGAGGCAGCACACAAAAUCUGAACACGAGUCGAACAGAUGCAUACGUAGCACAUUCCCCAGCUGGGACAUCAGUUCAGAACAUCAUUCAUUGGCAUCAGCUAAUAUAUGCAGAACAAUUUCAAGCUUAUGACUAUGGCACUAAGGAAAACAUGAAGAAAUACAACCAGUCUACUCCUCCUGUAUACGAGAUAGAGAAGAUGAACAUAGCAGUUGCUGCUUGGAGUGCUGGAUGUGACAAGUUUGCAGAUCCAAAAGACAUGGCAAAGCUACUUCCUCGGAUCACUAAGCUAAUUUACCAUGAGCAUUUUCCUGACUGGGGACACCUAGAUUUCAUCUGGGGCCUUGAUGCAACAAAGAAAAUGUACUUGAAAAUCCUUGAACUAAUAACAAAAUAUCUUUGAAACCAUAUGCAGAGAGCUGAUUCACCCAGUAAUACCCUCAAAAAUUUCUGUUUAGCAAUAAGGGUGAUUCCUGGGAAAGGGGUAAACAAACAGAUACACACAAUGGAUAUUGGUAUAGGGGUUUACAAAUCAGUGUAGGUUGGUUUGUAUUUUUCUUGCAUUUCUCAUAGCUUUAGGUUUUCCACACUACUACAGUAUUAGGUGACUGGCGUCCUCCUGAGAAGUUUGAGGCAUACAGGAAUGGCUGCUGAAAGCAUGAAUAUAUUUCUGCACACACUUCAGGCAUCACUUAACCUGGACAGCUUUUAUCUCUGCAAGACUGAUUUUCAUAAGCCUAAGCUCUGCUGUUCUCUUGUAUAUCUUAUGCACCUCAUAGAGGUAUUAUCCCAUGAAAACACAAAAACAGCGUUUUCUCAUUUCUUUCUUGGAAGUACUGGUGACCUUUGUUCA